CCGAACAACGCCGCAAUGUACUCGCGGAGACGACGGAGCUCUCUAGGAACAUCGCAGAUCUUCGAGAACAUCAUUUCCGGGUCUAACUUCGACAAGGAUGAAGUGGACCGACUCCGCAAGAGAUUUAUGAAGCUCGACAAGGACAACUCCGGCACAAUCGAUCGCGACGAAUUCCUCUCCCUUCCACAAGUCUCAACUAACCCCCUUGCUACAAGAAUGAUCGCAAUAUUCGACGAAGACGGCGGCGGUGACGUCGACUUCCAAGAGUUCGUCUCGGGCUUAUCCGCUUUCAGCUCAAAGGGCAACAAGGAAGAGAAGCUGCGGUUCGCAUUCAAGGUCUACGACAUCGAUCGCGACGGGUACAUAUCCAAUGGCGAGUUGUUCAUCGUGCUGAAGAUGAUGGUCGGCAAUAAUCUGAAGGAUGUGCAGCUACAACAGAUUGUUGACAAGACAAUCAUGGAGGCUGAUAAAGAUCACGAUGGCAAGAUCAGCUUUGAGGAGUUUACAGAUAUGGUGGAGAGCACGGAUGUUAAUUUGAGUAUGACUUUAAACCAAAUUUAAUUUCUAGCGCAACGUAAAUGGGAUACCCUACACAUGAACAUCGCCCGCGUUUAUUUUCUUGUGUUUGGAUACCACCGUACUCGCCUGCAUAAGUGACUGGGCCGACUGGAUGGCCUGACUGUGCUCGACCGCUUAUUGGCACUAGUUUGCAUAACUACUAUACCUACGACUUUUGAAAUGAUUGUGACGACACGGAAACUGUAGUUUUCUCUAUUACAUGCCGUUAUACUGGGCUUAGAAACAGCUUCUGUUCUCUACGCCCGAUUUCUACUACUAGCACCUACUCAG